AUGACUUCUACAAGAAUAUUUGAAAUUUUUCUACUAUCCGUACUUGCCUGUGGUUUGUUUUGUGCGGCACCCAAUGCUUCUACAUCACCAGAACCAGUCGACGAAGUUCUCACAGAAGAAUCUGACAAGGAGCUACCCAACGUAUACUACGGGAACUACAAAAUACACCACUCAGAAAACUGCGAUAUGAAUUUGAACUUGCACUACGGAACCCGCUUCGAUUUAGAGCAUCUUGAUAUGACUAUCGCUUUUGUGAAGAGCAAUCAAAAGCACAAAUUUAAUGUGAAGUAUUCCAAAAACAAAAAAAAUGGAAAGCUCGACAAUGUUGAAUUUGGAAAGCCGAUUAAAGCUGGGGAAACGCAGGUGAGAUACUUCCGAUCAGUAGCUUUGUGUUAG